AUGAGUGGGCAGGAAAUUGAUGACGGGGAAUAUGCUGUUGCAGAAUCACCCGAGCCAAAGCCAAACAUGCCGAACAUGAAGCCAACUAAGUUCGAGAAAACCCCAUUAGGCCACAUCUUUUCUCUUUAUCCUAUGAUGAAAACGGAAAAAAUUGUAUCAAAAUACAUGGAAUUGCCUCCUCUUAACCUUGAAGUUUCGCUAUUUCCUCCUCUAUGAGUGAGUAAAGUACUUUUGAUAAUUUUUUAAUAAAUUUUAUAUUUAAUAUAUUUAUAUUCUAUCCAUCAAAUUUUAAGUAUUCAAAAUAUUAAAAUAUUUAUAACAAAAUCUAAUUUAAUUAAAAAAAUGAGUUUUUAAUUUUCCCAAAAUAAACCUUUUCAAUAUUUUUGAUUUUUCACUGAUGGAGAACUAAGCGAUACUCUAAAGCACAGAAAAGCUGUAAAAGGUACUGACAACGGAAUAUAUACAGGAACACUAAACGAUAAAAAUCAAAGACAUGGUGUUGGGCUAUUAGCUAUGAAGGAUGGCUCUAUUUUUGAAGGACACUUUGAAAAUGGAGCUAUAAAAGGAUUUGGCCGACUAGUUACUAUAGCAGCAGAUGUUUAUGAAGGAGAAUUCGAAGGAAUCUACUUAAAAAACACUGGGAUCAUUUGCUUUGCAGGAGAAAAUAAGUUAUAUAAAGGAGAAGUCCAGGAAAAUGUACCCCACGGACAAGGAGAGGAAGAGACAGCAACUGAAACUUAUAAAGGAGAGUUCACAAGAGGAAAAAGAAAUGGGUAUGGCGAAGUAAUUUGCACAGACGGAAGCUGAUUCAAAGGGCAUUUUCUUAUGAACAAGCUUGAAGGAAAAGGCACUUAUCAUGGAGUCAACGGCAAUGAAUAUUCUGGAGACUGGUCAAAAAGUAAAGUUCAUGGAAAAGGAGUUUAUACCUGGCCAGAUGGCCAACAAUAUGAAGGAGAAUUCAAAGAAGGAUUCAGAGAUGGUUAUGGAAUCAUGAGAUACCCAGAUGGCAGGUGGUACCAAGGAUAUUGGGAAAAAGGAAGACAAGACGGUGUCGGUAAAGAAAAAACUGAAUCAGGAAUAAUUGUGACCGGACUUUGAAGAUUUGGACAAUUAAAAAAGAAAUUAGGAGAAAGCAGUAGCGAAGCAGGCUCAACUGACACAGGAAUGGAUGGUGUCGAAGAUGUUCCUGGCAAUAUGAACGAUUUGAUAAAGAAAGUUGAAGAAAUGCGAAAACAGAAAAGAAUGAAUGAAGAUUAUGCAAACUCUGACGUCAUGACAAAUCUGGCUGAUGCUAUUGUUGAAACCAGAAAUAUCAAAUAUGAACAGAUUCAUGAUAAGAAACGAAAAGAAGUAAAAAAGAAAAAAGAAGAGAGAAAGGUAGAAACUCGAAAAGAAAAAAAGAAAAAGAAGAGAAUGAGAAUGGAAAAUGACAAAGAACUCACGCUAUCGCUAAGUGCCAUUAAUUUGCCUCCAGGGUCAGAACAGCUGUUUGAAAGGGCAAUGAAAGCACGAGAAGCCUUGCCAGCUUUUAAUUAUUAUGAGCCAGAUUUCGAGUUGUCUGAGAAAACUGUGUUUAGGAAUGACUGGGCUCAAACUGGGGAUAAUCAAUGGUAUAGAGGAGAGGUGAAUCAUAAAAAUAAUUCAUUUGUUAGAGGAGUGCUCCUGCAAACUGGAAAAAUAUAUGAGGGAUACAUUUUUGCUGGCAAAAAAUGUGGACUUGGAAGACAAAUUUCAUCAAAAGGGGAUAUUUAUGAAGGAUAUUGAAUAGAUAACAAAAAACAUGGAUUCGGAGUUUUGCAUUCUAAGACUCAAAAUUUAAGCUAUGCAGGAGAAUGGCAAUCUAACCAAUUUCAUGGGGAAGGCAUUUUAAAAACUGUAGAUGCAAAAUAUACUGGAAGCUGAAAAAAUAAUCAGCAGCAUGGGUAUGGAGAAUUGAUUUAUAAUGAUGGAAGGAUUUUUAAAGGAAAUUUUAAAAAAGGAAUAAUCAAGGGAUAUGGAACUAUUCUUUGGCCAGACGGGACAGGAUAUGCUGGACAGUGGGAAAACGGAGAAAUUGUGGGGAUUGGAACCAAAGUGACUAAAUCUAUAAAAAAAAUUAAAGAAAAGCAUACUAAAAAACAGCUUGAAGAAAUCGAUACUGAGCCAAAAGAAGAAUCACUUAUCCCUGAACAUGAUUCAAUUCCACAAGAAGUUAAUUCAUUAGCUUAUGAAGAAGCCAAUUCUCCAGUUCCUGAUGAAGAAAAUUCAUCAGCUCUUGAAGGAUCCAAUUCAUCAGCCAAUCAAGAAGCUAAUUCACCAGCUGCUGAAGAAGUUGACUCACCAGCUCCUGAAGAAAUCAAUUCAUUAAUACACUCUGAUAUCUCUGCAUAG